UGUUUUAAUUAUUUAUAAAUAAAAACAAAUUGUUGUUACCUGCAGGGCUUCAUUUGUUUCCGCAAUAAUGGUAGCUUACUGUUGUGUUAAAGGUUGUAGUAAUAACAGCAGCAACAAGAAAAAAGACCCCAAUGAUGUGACAUCGUUUCACGCCUUCCCAUCGAAUACAGGACUCAAACAAAAGUGGCUGAAAGCCAUUGGGAGGCCAGACUGGGCUCCACCGGCCUAUGCCCGCAUUUGCAGCGGACACUUCAGCUAUGAGCAGAUAAACCAUGAUGGACGGAGGAUACGGAUAAAGGAUGAUGCAGUGCCUGUAAAAGAUUUACCUGCCAACUCCAACUUUGAGGCGUCAGAAGUGGAAGUCUGCAGGUUUUGUCUGGCCACUGAGGUGCGCCUGCACAGCCUUCAGGAUGGAGUGCACCGGUUAUACUUGGAGUCCUUAGUAGGGUAUAAUGUAAACUACAAUAUAGAAGGCCUUCCACAAUUUAUUUGCUAUGAGUGCGCAGCUCACCUGAAGAAAUGCUACAAUUUAUUGGAAAAGAGCCUGACUGUACAAGCUACUUUACUUGAUAUUUUUGCACAAUAUGGAAGGAUCACAAUAAACCUUAUUAACGAAAAGAAUCGCAAGGAGCUAAAUUUAUCAUCGUCAUUAAGCGUACAAGUAAUUAAAACAAUUUAUGAAUUCAAACACAGCAAUGAUUUAGAAAACCAUGAAAGUCACAUUGAAAGUAAACUUGUAACAGAUGACAAUUACUUAAGCAUACCUAAAUUAGAAGUUACAGAUUUGAUGAUAAAUCCUGAAGGUAUUAAAGAUAGUGAAAAUGCUGAAACUCUGAAUGAGGAUGUCAUUGAAGACAGAAACUUGGAAGAUGAUAGUAGGUCAGAUCCUUUGGAGGAUGCAUUCAGUAAUUCUGCUGACUUGGGUUUAGAUGACGAAGUUAAAUCUGAACCAGAAAACGUAACACCGAAUAAAGUACCCAAAGAAGAGACACGACGGGCACGAGUGAAAUACACUGUCAAAGCAAGUUUUCUUGCAGGGCUGACGCCAGACGAACGGAAAAUGCUGCUGUAUUUUGAUAUUCGUUUUUUGAAUUUAGAACAACAAAUAGAAGAAUGGAGCAAAUCAAAAGAGAACAAGGAAUUUAGUGGAGAAUCGUUUCAAUGUAACAUAUGCUCGAAAGUGUUUGCAUAUCACAAUAGCUAUAAACAGCACACACAGAGCCAUGACCCCAGCCGAGGGAGCGCCGAGUGCCCCGUAUGCAAGGUCCGUUUCAAGAACGAGGUGUUAGCGCGCUCGCACGCUCAUCGCGCUCAUGCUAAGAAGUUCUACUGCAAAUUAUGUUCGAAGGCGUACAACAAUGUCGGCGUAGCGAAGAAGCAUCACUUGUGGCACUCGGGCUACACAUACAAAUGUAGCCAUUCACAAUGUUCGUUCUCCACCUUGCACGCGGCCGCGCUGGGCGCGCACCGGCGCGCGCGCCACCCCGCCGCGCCCGCCUGCGCGCGCUGCGGCCGCGCCUUCGCCAGCGCACAAGGGCUGCGGCUGCAUGCGAACACCGUCCAUCGAGAUAGAGUGGAUCCUGAGUCGGUAAAUAAUCCAAAAUAUAGAUGUCAUCAAUGCGAACUCGACUUCGAGUCGGAAGGGGCGCAGCGAGUCCAUAUACUAACGUCCAAGCAACACAAGAAGAAAACUAGUCUAUGUGACACAACACCGCAACAACAGAGCCUCAAAACCACUUGCAAUAAAUGCGGCAUAGAGUAUCCGACGCUCAAGGCGCUAAUAGAGCACAGAAGAGCGGAACACAGAAGGACCAAGAAGAAAACCAGCUGGAGUCUGCCUGGAGACUCUUACCCGACGAAGUGUGAUCAUUGCGAGACUGUUGUGUCCAAUCGUGGCGAACAUUGGCGUCAUGUGCGCAUAACGCACCCGGCGCUGCGCGCCACAUACCGGCCCGUAGUGACUGCUGUCUGCGAUACUUGCGGGAAAGGCUUCCAGAACUCUACAAAACUGGCGCUACACGUGCUCCGCCACGGCGCGCCGUCCGUGCCAUGCCCGCGCUGUCCGCGAGUAUUGUACGACAAGCACGCGCUGGCGCGCCACGCCGCGGCGCACGCGCCGACGCGGCCGCACCGCUGCAAGCGCUGCCCGAGGGCCUUUAAACAGAAAGCGAACCUUGAUAGGCACGAGAGGGUGCACACUGGAGUAACUCCAUACGAGUGCUCCAUGUGCGGCAAGAAGUUCAAGUAUUCGACCAGCAUGAACUUGCACGUCCGGACCGUGCACUACAAGUUGCCGCAUCCGCCGAGGAAGAAGAAGAAUAAAGAGAGUGAUAUUCAUUAUCAGAAAUAA